CAAAAUAUGUCAAAUUUAUAAGAUAUAUAUAAAUACCAGAUAUAAUAUGCCUCGACCAAUUAGACAUCCAAGAGACUCAAUAAUUUUAGAAUAUUCACAUUCAUUUUCAUCUGGACCACAAGCAUCUUCUACACCGACUCAAGAUCCAUCUAAUAUAACAUGGGUAUCAGAUUUAUCUCCUAUUGCAACAUCUACAUCAAAAAAAAAAACAGUUAUGCAAGAAGAUACAUCUCCAGAUCCAUUUGGAUUCCAAGAAAUUCGAGGAAUUCGUUCAACAUUUAAAACAAUACACUCAGAACUAUCACCAAAAAAUUUAGAAACUAGUGAAAAAGAAACAUCUUCAGAUUCUUUAUCAUCACAGGAAGAAAAUCUAUCUUCAAGAUCUACAGAUGAGGAGGAGGAUUUAAAAUUGCCAUCUAGGAAAAAAUCUGCAAGAAUUAAACCAAAGGAUUUAAAAUAUGAAGAAAGUGAAGAUGAAGAAUUACCAAAAAAAAGAAGGUAUACUAGAAAAUAUCAAAAUAUCACAGAAAACAUAAGAGAAGAGAAAGAAAUAUAUGAAAAAGAUAUAAAUACAUAUGAUUCUAAAAAACAAACCAUGUCAUCAAAAGAUAUCAUAGAAUACUUUCGUGAAGUUGAUAAAUUUGAAUUAGAUGUAGAAGAUGUUCCAGCAGACUAUACUAGUGAGAACUAGGCAAUCUAUAUAAUAUAGGUUUAGAUAUAACACCAACAAAAUACAA